GAAGACACACCCCUCCGGGCCCCCCCACUGCGCCCACAGACGGGAACAUGGUCGAAGGGCCCCCCGGCGCUCCUCUGGUCCCCUCCUUUAGCCCAGCUGAGCCUCUCCGGGCCUCAUUAUGUGACUCUGCGCUCAGCUGAAGACCUCCAGGACAAACAGAGACCCCCUCGCCAUGGCCUCCACCCCCUCCGCCUCCGCCCUGUCCGCCGUGCUCCGCUGCAGGGGCAAUAUCUGGAGCAGGAACCCUCCGACCAAGCGGCCUGCCUCGGCGGCGUACAGCCUCGGACUGGCGGGCGGGACGCGCGGCGACUCCCCGGCGGAGCGCAGCGGGUCGUCCCGGGCGUCAGAGUGGAGGAUUCUCCCCCGCGGGGAGCGCCUGGUGUCGGCAGGAGGGCUGUCCGUCUCCUGCAGGUGGGACGGUGGAGAGAAUGACGCUUCGGUGGGGGAAGUUUUCAGGGAAAAUCAGAAGUUAUGCAUUGUUUCCAAACUUUCCCGAUCCUCGCAGCCUGCCGCCCCCGGUGGCCGGGACGCGCUACUGCACCAGCUGCUGCUCAGCCUGUCUUCCAGCCUGCAGGGAGGAGACAAGCUCUCCAAGAUAAUCCAGGUUAUUAUACCUGAAGCAUCAGCUGCACGUAGAGUGUCUGUGCAGCUGCCAGCCGGAGUCCUGAAGCUCUCCAUCACCUCUCAGUUGAAGGUGCAAAACCCCGGCUCACCCCUCACCUCUUUGGUGUCCUGGCUCAUCUUUUCCAAACGACUGACGAAGCUGAUCAGCGCUGACCUACGACAGGAAAACACACAAGUCCACGAGUCCUCAGAAAAAGGCUGCUGCUGCUGCUCUGAAGAGAUGACCCAUGACCGACCUGACUGAGCUCCAAAAACAGACUCCACAUGAUCAUUGAUCUGCUUACAUUCACCGCCUCUGGGGACUGAGAGUUUGGACUUCACCCUGCUGAUGCAGUCAAGCAAUCUGCCCUAAAGAGUCAGGAAACGUCCAACAAAGCUUUGAAAAGCAGAAAUCUAGUAAAACGGAUGAAAUUACAAA